UAAAUUCUGUGUAAACUUCAUUUUAUCAACUUCGGUCACAUAUAUAUAAAACGAAGGUUUAAAAAAAUUCAAAUAGUAUUAUACAGUUUUUGCAAUUGAUGUAAUUUUUUUCGAUUUAACGAUGAAGUUUUUAUUUCCAUCAAUCGUUUUAAUAUUUUGUGCUUUACAAGUACAUUUUAUAUUAUCGGAAGAAGCAGUUGAUGUUGUCAAAUUGAAAAGAUUGAGUGACUUACGAUACAUGGUGAAAAAAAGGAAUGAAAAUUUGACUGCACAUUUGCAACAGGAAUAUAAUUAUGCUUAUAAGGAAAUGCAUAAUUUGGCAAAAUUUUUAACAGAUGGAAUGGUGGUUUUAGGACUUAGAGAAAGCGGUAAACUUCAUAUGAUAAGGAACACGGAAAAUUGUAACGAUACAAGUUUCUGUAGAAAUAAUGCUUUAGCUACUGUAUACCAAUUAAUUGAUACAAACAAUAGAACCUUGUUAGCAACGGCAAAUAACAUUACUGAGAAUAUAAUACAGAAAAGUCAGCUGACUAAGUUCAAUAAGACUGGAGAAGAAGUUUUACUGGACUUAGACUUAGAAUUUAAUGAAACUGCUUCAAAUUGCUUGAAAAAUCAUACUUUUUACUUGAGUGCAAAUGAUUGUCUCAGCGAUAAAAUAAGGAAAGCUGAAUUCUUUCUCGAGACUUUUACUUUAAAUACAAAUAUCUUUCAUUUUGAAAAUUCGAAUUAUUUAAAUAAAAGUGUUCAUGAUUCCUAUUUCCAUAUGAAUAGAGAGCACAUCGGUAUAGUCAAGCAAUUAGGGAAAUUAAAAACUGAUUUUUAUGAUUGUACGCGCGAAUGUAUAACAUUUUCAUAGUUUAUUCAGUUAAUUAAUGAUAAGUCCUCUAGUAAUUAAAAUUAGUAAAAAUUUCUAUUAUUUCUGAAUAGGCUAUAAUUUUUCACUAAAACAAAAAUUAGGAAAAAUGUUUAAUCUAAUAUACUGUAAUCUACUAUAAUAAUUGUACAUAAAUUUUACUUCUAGUUGUAUAUAUUGAUAUGUAAAUAAAUAUACAAUUGUGCUACAAAUUCUAA